GUGCCGUGCCGGCGUUCUUCCGAUGCGUUUCGCGGACAUCUUCAAGGAGUAUCUAUUCAACUCAACUAUUCAUGGCGUCAAGUUCGUAGCCGAUGAGUCGUAUCAUGUGGCCGAAAGAAUCUUCUGGAUCAUCUGCGUGAUCGUGUCCUGGUUCGGGUCGGCCCUGCUAAUCGACGCCUCGCUGGAAGCCUUCCGCACCAGUGCCAUCUCGUUCGUGGUGGAAACCAACUACCGCGAUUGGAACACCAAAUUUCCGGCGAUCGUGGUUUGCGAAAUGCGCAACAUGGAGCGCAUCCAAAUGGUUGCCGAUGAGUUGUGGGGCGAAGAUCACGACUUCGCGAUGGAGGAAGUUCUGAACGAGAUUGGUUACUUCCGAGGCGAAUCGUACCACACGGUGAACGAGUGCAACGGUGACGAACCGGCGGAAAAUUGCUUUUAUUCUAACUUUUCGGACUAUGCAAGGCUGGUGCGGAGCUCAUGUGAGGCAACUUUGGAGCAGUGCUACUGGAACGAUGAGCCGUUCGAUUGUUGCAAAUAUUUUCAACCCAUGGAGACAGAGCUGGGGCUGUGCUAUGCCGUCAAUUCCGUGCAGACGAGCGCGAAGAAUCCUCUGAAAAUCGAUAUGAUUUCGAACAAGUACACCGGUCCGGGGAAGCUGAAGAUUACUGUGCUGACGGAGGCGUACGUUUAUACUCUGGGGGAGGAAGAUGUACCGAAUUUGAUAACGCCCAAGUCGGAGGUUUUGCUGAUUGAUUACUAUAUUGCUUACAAACGUCAAAUAUCCAUCAAAGACAUCGAAAACGACCCGGAAACAAAGCAGAUCAGCGUUCAGCAACGCAAGUGCCGCUACCCGGACGAGAACAUCUUGGACGUCCACGCCUACUACAGCUACAGCGCCUGCUCGGUGCAGUGCAGGAAGGACAAGCAGCUGCAAAUCUGCAACUGCACCAGCCAUCUCAUGCCGAACACAGAUCCCGCCCUCAAGUGCAACAUGAGCGGGCUGGUCUGCCUGAAUGCCCACUACGAGGAGCUGACCAUCGUCAUCCCCAAGUGGUCCACCGGGAAGCAGGGGGUCGUCUGCGACUGUUUGCCCUCGUGCACCGAGGUGGACAUGGCGAUCGUGCACGAUUCGCGUGAAAGUAUCUACAACCCGGAAAAUCGCUACUCGACCAUCGAGAUCGAACUGGCCGCGCUGCCGACGGAACGCUACAAGCGCAAUGUGGUGCGUGGACGGCUCGACCUGGUGGUAUCGGUGGGAGGGACUACGGGGCUGUUCGUCGGAGCCAGUUUGCUCUCGUUUGUCGAGAUUGUGUACUAUUUUACGAUCCGUCCCUACGGGACAGUUUUCAUGAGGAAGCACCGUGGAAAUCAAAGAGCUCGCUAGGAGUUCGAUAAAAGUCACAAAACUGUGCUGCAAUUACAGUGUAUGCCAUUCAGCUUAAGCUUUAACAAGUACUUCUGCAAGACACAUGGCAUGCUUCGUUAGAUAAAUGUACUACUCGUGUUGAAAUAAUCAUCUUUUUGCAACUCGUUGUAGAAAUAACUAUAACAUACUCUUUACGUUUUAAAGACACCCUGGAUCCGGAACUUGAUGUGGAGUGAACCACUGUACAUACUUCCCUUGCCAUGCCGUUAAAGCCACACCUCUGCUGUUGAGACCUGCUCGUUGUACUACACUUUCCAGAGCAUUGUUAAACCACAGACAAACAGACGUAACACUUUGAACAUUUUUCGAUUCAAAUCAUAGUCACGGAAACAUAUUCGCCCAAUGCUAAAAGGAAUAUGUUUGGCCGACCACCAACUAGGUGGCGGUAGUGAGCAAACGUCAAACUCCAACAAAAACUAUGCGAGCGCCACAGUUGAACAGUUGGCCAACUAUCAAAUUUUGAAGAAGAUCGUUAAAUCGGUGUACGAUGGAAAUUAUCAGAGUGUUACGUCUGUUUGUCUGUGGUUAAACGUUAGGCAGGAAUAUGAGGUUGUAUAUUUAACUACAAACUGCGCAACAAAAACAAAAAUAAAAUCAUUCACUGAACCUAAAUGUAUAGAUUGCAAUAGACGUCUCCCAAUGACCCUAAGAAGAGUAAAAUAGCUAAUAGUUUUUUGUCAUAAUUUGCGCAAAGUGCCUUUUUAACUAAAUCUGCACCCGAGCAGGUGGUAGCCAAACAAGCCACUCAACAGUGUACCUAUUCAUGUCUUAAGAGCACCAUCAUCACCCGGCUCUCGUUGGAGGAGGCCACCGCGCUCACGACCUACUGUUUUAUAAUACAUACUGCGCAUAUUUGUGGCGCUUACGGCUUCUUAGACGACUCACCCGACGAUCAGUGAAAUGAAAGAGAUACACAUUUACCUACAAACACACUAAUCGCUUCGGUUUGCCAAGCCUCAUCCAUCGCGUCUAUGCCGCACCAGACCCGCCGCGACCCGGAGAAAAUCCAAACAAAUACAAACUGCUCACGACGACGACGUGACGUCCGCCGCCGCCGCCGCGGAGAGCACGGAAAUGAGACAGAAACCAUGCCGCUUCUACAUUUGCCUAUAUGGAGCUCGCUUAAGUCCCACAUGGGGUGUAGGUACCCCCUCUACAGAGCGCAAGAGGCAGCGCUGCCCUGUGGAGCGCU